CGUUUCCAUUAACAAGGUGACACAAGUGGGUGUGGUCAGGCCAGAAGACGGCGACAAUAUAUAGGAGAGUACGGCAAAUUCAACAGCAGACACCAGCAGUCCAGUGCCACGACAAGUCAUGAAGGUUUGGGUCGUCAUCCUGUUGGCCGCCGUCGUGGCGGCAGAACCUGAGCCAGAGGCGGAAGCUGAACCUGGUUAUGGUUACGGCACUCACGGCCACACCACCUACAGCGUUAGUUACGGUCACCCCACCUACAGCUACAGCCACGGCUACCCCUCCGUCAGCUACGGCCAUGGUGGCUAUGGCUACGGCCACGGCUAUGGUUCCUACGGCCACGUGCACCACCUCUACAAGCGUGAGGCUGAAGCUGAGCCCGGCUAUGGCCUCGGCCACAGAACCAGCUACAGCGUUAGUUACGGCCACCCCACCUACGGCGUCAGCUACCCCUCAUACGGCUAUGGUCACAGCUAUGGAUACGGCUUCCCGUCUUAUGGCCACACUUCAUAUGGGUAUCAUCAUGGCAUCCACAAACGCGAGGCUGACCCUGAGCCUGGUUACAUUAACAAUUACCGUUACAGCUACGGCCUGCCCAGCUACGGCUACCGUUCCUACGGCUACAGAACCUAUGGCCAUCCCACCUACGGUUACUACCAUUAAGACGAUGAACUGGACCAACACGACAGUUGCCAACUGCUGGUGUUCUGCAGCACUCUUUUCUUUCUGUAUUCUGGUAUUAUCGUUUUUUGGUGAGCCUUGCACGGAUCUCGGCAGCAAACCUUAGCUACGUGGCCGUGCCUGCCUCCCAUUUCAAUGUACAACUGAAAGUAAAUUACUUAACUUUCAUUUUUCUUUAUCGAUGAAUAAACGAGUCAUUAAAAAUAUAUAGUU